AACUAUUAAAUUAACCUCAAAAGUAAGUUAAACUAAAUAAGUUUGUUGUUGGUUUAUUACAACAAAAUGCUACAGCCAAUAAUGCAUAUUUUGAAGCAGAAAAAUAUUAUUUUGGCUAGUGGUUCCCCAAGGCGAAAGGAGAUGAUAGAAAACAUUGGCUUAAAGGUUCAUUUAUGUCCUUCAAAAUUCGAGGAAGAUUUAAAUCCUAAAAAUUUUGCGAGCUUCUCGGAAUUUGUUGAAGAAACAGCAUUACAAAAAGUGUUAGAAGUGGAGAAGAGGUUAAUAGAAGAAAAAAACAUUCCAGACAUGGUUAUAGGUGCUGACACUAUGGUGACAUUGGAUGGUGAAAUGUUUGGAAAACCAACAACUGUACAAGAAGCAUUCGAUAUGCUUUCAAGACUUUCAGGUAGAAGUCAUACAGUGUACACUGGGGUUGUGGUAAAAACACCACAGAAAACAGUAAAGUUUACGGAGAAGACCAAUGUUGUUUUUGGUAAAGUUAACGAAGAACAGAUAAAAGGUUAUAUUGCUACUGGAGAACCCAUGGACAAAGCUGGAGGUUAUGGAAUACAAGGAGUGGGUGGAACUUUUGUUGAAAGAGUUGAAGGAGAUUAUUUUACUGUAGUGGGAUUGCCUUUGUACAGGCUCUGCUCGGUGUUGUAUGAUUUAUAUGUACAUAAAGAAUAAAGUUAUACCUUGGUUUUAGCAAAAUCGAUUUUAGUACAAUAAUUGAUUUGAAAAUGCAAUACUAAUGUCUUGUGGAUAAAGCAAAAAUAUGGGCUAUUGAGAUUGCCAUAAAGUGUUCCAUUCAAAUAAGAAUAAGAUAUUAAUUUUGUUGCCAUGAAGUAACU